GAAUGUGGCUCAUCAGGUUUUGAUCUUCUCCCCCGACUGGUUCGACACACCAGAGUGGAGGAAAAUCUGCUCUGGAAAUCACAAUAAAUCAGUCGUAGCCAUUCAGCUUUGAGGUUUUACUGCAAAGAACUGGAAUUAAUCGAUCAGGUUUUGACCCGUCUGUGUUUUUCUGGGAAGCUGUCAGCGGCAGCCACAUCUCCUGAGGCUCUGUUGGAUCUGUGCUGGAUUACGGGCAGUCUGUGUGAAUGAGGAAACCUGAAGAGGAAUAAUGGCAGUGAAUCUGAGUAAGAACGGUCGGGAACUUAUGGCUGCUUAUAAAGAAGUGGUGGACGGGAAGUCAGCUACAAACUGGGCUUUGUUUACUUACGAAGGCAACAGUAACGACAUUCGUCUGGCAGAAAAAGGAGAUGGUGGAUUAGAGCAGAUGGUGGAGGAGCUGAGCAGCGGGAAGGUGAUGUACGCUUUCUGUCGCGUCCAAGACCCAAACUCUGGUCUGCCCAAAUAUGUCCUCAUAAACUGGACAGGUGAAGGUGUGAAGGACUCUCGAAAAGGUUUAUAUGCCAACCAUGUGAGCUCGAUGGCCAACUUCCUGAAGGGAGCCCAUGUGACUGUAAACGCUCGGGGAGAGGACGACGUGGAACCAGACACCAUCUUGGAGAAAGUGGCCAAAGCGUCUGGAGCCACCUUUAAUUUCCACAAACAAACACAGGAAUACAGAGACGCACCCAGAGGACCCGUGGGUUCUGUGUAUCGGAAAACCAACGCUGUGGAGGAGAUUCAACAAACCAAAAAGGAUGACUUCUGGGUCCAAACUCAGAGGGAUGAAGAAGUUCGUCGGCGGGAGGAGAACAAACGAGCGGAGGAGGAGAGACAAAAGCUGGAGAGGGAGAGGAGGGAGAUGGACGAGAGGCAGGCAAAGGAGAGGGAGAGGAAAGCGAAGGAGAGAGCUCAGCAGAUUGAGCAAGAGAAGAUUUAUCAGAAGCAGCGAGAAGAAGAGGACAGAGAUAGAGAGCAGCAGCGGAUGAGCCAGCAGGAAAACGAAACCAAGAAGACGGGAAUCAACUUUGCAGCAUCGGUGCAGAAAGCGAAUGAAGCCAAAUCACUGAUAUCUCAGCGAUCGUUCAAUCCCAGAGACGUAUUCAAACAGAGGGAGCAGAGCUUCGAGGCCAGCGACAGAUCGUCUCCUGCUGCAUCCAGACCCGGGAAGCUCCAGAGUCCGUUUCUGUCUCAGAAAUCCUCUGAGAGGGAGAGCCCGGAGCAGCCUCACUAUGCUCCAGCUCCGGCUGCGGUCCCGGCCUCCUCCAUGAACCCCCUGUCUCCUGUUUCACCUGUCUCACCUGUGCUGUCUUACUCACCUGUUGCAGCUGUCUCCCCAGCCCCACCAAAGACAGACCAGAGAGCAGGCUCACCUGUUCCAGCUGCAGUUUACACAGAAGAGGAGGAGUGGUCGGAUGAGUUUGAUGAUGAUGCAGAUGAAGCUCCUCCAGAACGAACUCCGGCUCAGGUUGAUCUGUACGAGGCAACGCAGCCAGCUGGGACGGAGGAGGACCUGUAUGAGAACUUCUACGAGCACACCUCCACAACUGAAGACCACAACAUGGAGCCCAGUGGACAGAAUAUCCAGGCCAAAGCUCUGUAUGACUACCAAGCUGUGGACGACACUGAGAUCACCUUUGACCCCGAUGACAUCAUAACGGGGAUCGAGAUGCUGGACGAGGGCUGGUGGAGAGGUUACGGACCGGACGGACGCUACGGGAUGUUUCCCGCCAACUACGUGGAGCUCCUGUAACUUCCAUCAGAAAUAUCUUUGGUACAUUAACGGUCUGAUUGUUUAAUCCACAGAAGAAUCAAUAAAACACGUCUGCAGUCUCA